GCUCUUGAAACGCCGGUAUUGGAGCCGGUAUCGGAGCCGGGUGACAGCCGUGUGACGGCCGAGGAGCCUGUCUCGACUGGAAAACACCACGCUAACAAACACUGGACAGGCUUAACCUCUUCCAUUGGAAUGGCAGCAGCAGCCCAAGGAACACAGCCCAGCUAACGAAGGCCAGUAAAGGAGCAGUGAUGCCGUUGAAGAAGAGGAGGAAGCAGCCUGACACAAGUGAUCAUGAGUGCCACUGUAAAAUUCCAAACUUCGCCCGGCCUCAGGUCUGCGGGGGGAGGCCGGCGGCGCCCGUCAGGCCGUUCUCCGUGAAGAAGUGCCGGUCCUGGUUCCAGCAGUACGCCGGCUCUGAUAACGUGGUGGGACCCGAGGCCAUGGAGAGGUUCUGUCGGGACAUGGGAGUGGAGCCGGAGAACGUCAUCAUGCUGGUCUUGGCCUGGCAUCUGGAAGCCGCUCACAUGGGAUUCUUCACAGAAGACGAGUGGCUCCGGGGAAUGACGGCUCUGCAAUGUGACUGCAUGGAGAGGUUAAAGGGCAAACUGGACGACCUGCGGGGUGAACUCAGCGACUCGGCCGCCUUCAGGAACAUUUAUAGAUACGCCUUUGACUUUGCCAGAGACAAACACCAGAGAAGUCUAGAUAUGGACACCGCCAAGUCCAUGCUGUCUCUGCUGCUGGCCAGGUCCUGGCCCCUGUUCCCCGUCUUCCACCGGUUCCUGGAGCAGUCCAAGUACAAAGGCCUGAAUAAGGACCAGUGGUAUAACGUCCUGGAGUUCAGCAGAACCGUCGACGCAGACCUGACUAACUACGACGAGGACGGAGCGUGGCCGGUGCUGCUGGACGAGUUUGUGCAGUGGCAGAAGACGUGGUCGUCCUGACCCCCGGACGCCUCUGGACGCCUCUGGAAACCCCUGGAGGAGGCAGGAGGACCGGCGGAGGACAGACAGUGCUGGACUCCAGCUGCCCGCAGAGCCGCAGAACGACCGGAGCCAGUUUCCUGUUUUUUCGUUAUGUCUUGUUUGUAGAUGUUUUCUCAAUAAAUAAAGUAAAACCAGCAGGAGCACUGUGGCUCCAUGAGCAUG